UUUAUCGAUACUUUUUCUUAUCAGUUUAUUAGGCAAAAGUAAAACACUUUUAUAUUUUCAUCUAGGAAUAUUCAACGAGUAAUGAGGAUGCUUUUUACUCUGUGAAUAACUAAGCAGUGUUAUUUCUGUGAAAAUGGCCAUGUAUCCAGUUUUAAUAUUCGGUUGUUUGUGCGCUAUUUCGCUGACCACCGGCGAUUAUGUACCGACCAUAGCUAUUUCUUGCGGAAUUACUCCACUACUUACUUUACCCAAGUAUCAACCAUCUAUAGACACUUUAGGGUUUAAAAAAUUACUUGCAUCUCUCUGGAAUGAUGAUACUAAAGUCAUCGUGAUUUUAGAUGAUGAACUAAGCCUCGAAGACUUCACCAUGAAAGGUAAUAUAAACCCAACAAUUUGUACAGAAUAUGUACAGUUUUCAUUAUUAAUGUAUCAACAUUAAUCUAUUAAUUAGGUAUUUGCAUAUUUUUUUAUGCAGUCAGUGUUUUUUUCCAGUUCUACCUAAUAAUAAUAUUUUCUAGGUAAAAAAAACUUCAUAUCUACCUAUUUAAAUGAACAGCUUUAUUAAAUAAAUUUUUUUUUUUUUUUUUAAAUAUACAAAUUAUGAUAGUGAAACACAUUUAUUUCCCUCAAUAAAAUUAACCCACUAAGAAGAACUAAUCAUGUUCUAUUUUAUAAAAACAAUUAUACUUUCAUUUCAUUCUUCCUAAGAGCUCUAUCAUUGGUGAAUCUUACUACGAAUCAUGUAGAUUUUUGUACAAAAAAAUUAAUAACAACAAAAAAUCCAAAUGCUGUGUAUACUUUGCCAUAUUUUUUAUGUUUUUCUCUGGUUUUUCGUUGGUAUAAGAAAAAUAUACUGAAAAUAAAACUGACUUAAAAAUAACUUUCUUACUCACAAACUAGAGAACCACAAUUUUAACCAUUGAGUACCCACAUCUAUAAAUAAUUCUUAAAUGGCUCAUAUGAUUUUACUACUUCUAGAAAAGUCAAAUAUAAGUUUUCUGUCCAAAAUUCAUGUUUCAUGCAUUCUUUCUCUGGUUUUUUUACUCAAUUAUUAAAAAGAACAACUUAAAUACUUAUCAUUAAGGUUAAAAAUGCAAUGAAUGCAAUGUCUUACCGUUUUUCUAUUGGAGCAAUAUAUUUGGUAGAAAAUAUAAAGUGUGAAAUAGGUUUGGAAUUUAAAUGCCAUUUUAAUAAGGCAUCAACAUUGCAUUUUUUUUUUUUUGUCUUAGGACAUAACUUGUUAUUUUGAGAAGUAUCUGUAGUACAGAAAACAGAAUAAUAUUGUACUGUAUUCAAUUGUUACUCAAAUGAUAAACAUUAUAACCAUGUGAUAAUAUGUUAUGACUAUUAUUUAUGUUCAGUUACAAAAUGUAUUUGACGGAAAUACUACCUAGUAUUUAUUUUAUUUUACAAUUUCUGACAAUAUAAAUACAAAACUGAUCGCUGCGAAUCGCUUAGUGAAGUGUAUUUGAGAUAUUUACUUAUUUGACUUUUUAAUUACCUACUCCUUUUUUAGGAGUUAAGUGGUAAAGUUAAUCUCAAGUACUUGACAAUAAAUUAAAAUCUGUUUCUAGAAUUCUUAUUGCUUCACAUGGUCAUUAGGUAUGUUGGAAUGAAAACACGUCUAAAUCUCUGUCAUACGUAUAUAAGAGAAAUACAGAAACUCGUCUCUUCCAAUUACCUGAUAUACCGUGUGUAAUUCAAUCAUAGACACUGUUUUGCCUGGGACAAUUCUUCACACUUUAUUUAUGAAUAUUGCCAAAAUUUCACAUCAAAAAAAAAUUUUUUUUAUAUGAAAAUAUGUUUAUUUUUUUCUUAAAAUUUAUACAAUUCAAACUAUCUAUUUUUAAAUGCUCGGUUUUUUUUUUUUUUUAUUUAACUAUACAAAUUAUUGGGUAGUGCUAUCCAAAUGAUAAAUACAAUCUAUCAGUGCAACAUUGAUAAUGUUUUUUGUAUAUAUACCGAAAGAGUAAAGAUAGUGUUUUUGUAAUCAUUUUAAUAAAUUUCAUGAUAAUUUUAAAAUAAGUAAUUGAAUAUUUAUUUUUAUUAUAUCUUUUGAGUGAAUACAUUUUUAUAUUUUUCAAUAUUUUUCUUAAUAGUGCCUACAUAUUAGGUGUAAGUUUUUUAACAAAAAACAAUUUAUUAUCAAUAAGUUUUAAUUUUUCAGGUUAUAAAAUAAUAAUCUAAUCUGUUGUACUAAAACUGCAUUGGAAAAUUGACAAGGAAUAAUCAGAUUUGUAUGAAUAACAACCAAUUUGUUGUUUUAUCUUCUAGGUACUGAUGGUCACAGUUUAUUCCAAUUGUUUGAAAAUGUUAAAGAUCGCCGCUUCUUCCCAUCAGUUGAUCAACCAGAGAAAGCUGUUGAAAUGUUAUCAAAAAAUGGUUUCACUGUGAAAGCUUAUAAUGAUAAUACAUAUAUACAUAAUAGUUCUGGAAAAAUUAUAGCUUUAGCAGAUUUCAAUGAAAAAGAUAAUAUGAAAGAUCAUAGUAGACAAUCAACAUUACUCAAACAUAAUAAUGAUAUGUCAAACAUGUUUAAUAAUCUUUGCAAACAAUACACCAAUGUCGUUUUAGUAUUUUCUGGUAAACUAAAUCCAUGGAUUGAAAAGUCAGGACUAUCAAAUAAUCAUCAUUUAGUAACUAGACACCUGAUGGCUACUGAAUCUAAACAUUUUAUUUUAAAGGAUUCUAAAAUAAGAAACGCACUAGUAUACUCAGCUAGCUAUCCAACUUUAACAGCUGAUAAUGUAACAUUUACAGUUGAAGGCACAAACUCUGAAGUAUAUAAAAUUGUUUUAAAUAUAAAUUUUUUAACAAAUAUCAAAUAACAAUGUAUUUAUUUUACAGCCAACCACUGGUUUACGCGAUUCAGCAAUAAAAAUCGGUUCAACAUUUACAUAUAACAAAGAAAAAAUUAUAUUACGUUUUCGUUUUGAAAAAACAACAUUCACAUGGGCAUUAAAAGGAAUUGAAUUUGAAUUAGGCUCUGCUAAUGUUUUACUUGAACCAAAAAACAAUCAAACAAUUGGUGCUCCACUUGGUUUGUCUUACUUCUCAAAAGGACCUGUGGUCUUCACUAAUGGUUCUAUAGUGUUGACAUUUAAUGAUACAUUUCAGGUUAGUUAAACGAAAUGUAUUUAUACAAUUAUUUGAAAUAACUGUUUACUAACUUUAAAUCACAUUGGGUAUGUAUAGUAAAUGCUAUUAAUUGAAGUAAGUUCUAUUUUAAAUACAAAUAAUAAUUAAUAGUACAUAAAUGUAAUUAUAUUGAAACUGCAGUGGUAAGCAAAAUCUUCAAUACUCAGAAAAUAAUCUUUAUUAUAAAAACAAACAUUUAAAAUUUUGCUGUUUUCCCAAAAAUAUAAUUUAAUUAUUAUACUCUAUUACGUAAAAACCCUAUUGUAAGUAAAAUGAUUUGAAGAAUUCAAAGUAGUUAUUUUGUUAUUUUACUAUUAUUAUUAUCAUCUGUGUGAUAUAAACCAGUCAAAUGCCAUAAGCAUACAAAAUAAAUAAAUAAUAAUUAACUUACUCUCCGUAAAAAAAGUUUGUUUAACAAUUGUUUUUUAAAAAUUGCCUCUUAUUUAUAUUAAUAUUAAUAUUUAUACUAUUUAUAUUCCAUUUCAUGGCUCUACACUUUUCCUGUAUAUUUUCACUCUAAUCUUACUCCUGAUUAUCUACUUUUAGUUUCUUUCAGUUACACUCAAAAUGCACCCCAUAGGGGUACACUUUGUAAAUUGAACAACAAUAAAAAUAAUUAUUGUAUUUUUACUACUAGGUUCAACCAUGGUUAACAUCAACAGGGGAUGAAAAAUUCAAUGAUCCUCAAGCACAAGACUCUUUCUUUACACCGCCCAUAUUGGCUGGUUUAUUUGUUAGUGCCCUUAUGUUGUUUAUUGUUACAUGGGGUAUCACUAUGAUAAUGGACAUCAAAAUCAUGGAUAGAUUUGAUGAUCCUAAAGGUAAAACUAUUACCAUCAAUGUCGCUGAAUAAAUCCACAUUCCAUUAAUAUUUUAACGUAAAUACUUAUUUGUAAAAAUUGUUGAAAAUGUUUUUAUUUCCUUAAAAUUAGAGAUUAUUAUUAUUUGAGUUAGUUUUACUUAUAAAGAAUUUGUUUUUUUUUUUUUUUAGUAAUUUAGAUAAUUGUAUAAUAUUAUUAUAUAUUUUUUUCAUUUGUCCAUUUAUUACAUGUGGUUAAUUUAUAUAGAUUACAUCAAAAAUAAAAUUAUUUCUCUAUGCUUAACAAUUAAUGUUAUAAAUAUUAUAAAAUAAAUAAAAAUAUAAUAACUGUUUUGUUUAUAUAAAUAUAUAUGCUGCUGUCAU